UAAAAACAAACCAACGGUCCAGUUCUUAUCAUGUCUAAAAACAACCAUCUCCUUCCUCAUCUCACGCUUCUCCUUCCCCUUCCUUUUUAUUCUCCUUCUCAAAUCUCUUCUCAACUGAUUCGCAUAAUCAUUCACGAGAGACAAGUGAAAAAAAGAAGAGAGAAAGGUUUACCUUUCUUGACUCCCACGUUUCUCGCGAAACGUUAAACGAAUCCAUUUAGAUUGUUUUUCUUUCUAGAAAACAUGGUCCGGCAAAAAUUCGCAUGUCCUGUUCUCGAAAUCAACUUAAUCUCAGCGCAAGACCUAUCCCUCGUUUCGAAAAACAUGAAAACGUACUCCGUCGCGUGGAUCAACACCGACCCGAUGCGAAAACUCACGACCCGUGUCGACCAAGCAAACCGAUCUAACCCAAUAUGGAACGAGAAGUUCGUGUUUCGCGUCAACGACAAGACCCUCCAAGCUGACGUGUCAGCUAUUGUGAUUGAGAUCUACGCAGCGGCUUGGUCUAAAGACGCGCUUGUCGGGACCGUGAACGUUCUUCUAAGCGAUCUCUUUGCUCCUUGGUCUGGCUUCGGCGACGGCGACGACGGCGGCGGCGGGAAUAACAACAUGAGGCUCGUGACUCUUCAGAUCCGUCGUCCUUCGGGGAGGCUUCAAGGCUUUUUACGGUUAGGCGUUGCGCUUCUUGACGGUGGUCAACGGAGUAUGCCGUUAUCGUCAGAGGUUAACGAUGUGAAGAGAGACGGUCAAGAUGGUGUGAAGAUGAUGCAUCGUCGUACGAAUAGCGAUCUGACGGAUUUAACGACGUCGACGAAUGAUUACGGGGUGAAAACAGGGGUUGUUACCGGCGGAGCAAGAGUUUCCGGCGGCAAUAACGGCGGAGGAGGUGGUGGAGGAGGAGGGAGUGUUGUGGUUGGUGUGGAUAGUAUGGUGAAUGGUUCGUAUUGUAACUCAGAUAUUGGACCGUCGGCGUCCGUCGUUGCGGCUGCGAUUGCUCAGGGGCUUUACAAUAGACAGAAAACAGCGGUUAAAGCGGUUGCGGUUAAGGAGGACGCGAGUUCGAUACUCGAAGGGAAGACGGAAGGGAUGGAGCUUAGAGUGGAGAGGUGGAGAGCGGAGAAAAAAGUCGCGGUUGGAGCGGUUGAAACGUCUACAUCAUCGAGCGAAGAUUCUAGCGGGAAAGGAGGAAGGAGGCCGAGAAGGAGGAGAAGGAAGGAGAAAGAGAGGCGGAGGAGAUCAAGAGAUGGAGAAGGUAAGAAAGGGUUGUUUUCAUGUUUUGGGAAUGUGUUUGGAUGUGAGAUUUCGAUUACCUGCGGCGGUGGAGGAGGAGACAGCACUAAGAAGAAGAGACGUAAGAACAAGAAUAAAGUAGCAAACCUUAGUGCGGUAGACGAAACGUUUAGUCAUUCCGCGGCUUGAGUGUAAACGUUUGGUCUAUGGGUAAAACUCUAUUAAAAUUUGGAUGAUAUGUGGCAAAACGUAUGAAUAAAAAGCUCCUUUACAUUCUUGGUGUAAACGUUUAGUCACUCUGCGACUUGAGCGUCUUUAUACGUGUAAACGUUUUGGUUUGAUGGGUUAAAUUGCAACUUUGAAAAUUGAAAGUAU